GCGUGUCUGUGGGUAAACGUGGCAUUGCUGAGGAAAAUAAAAUGGAAUUUAAGAAGCCACAUGUUGGUUACUGCUUUCCUAAUAACAAUGCAUCUUGCUACAAAUUAAUUUAUGAAACAGACGUCUAUGUAUGUCUUUAUAUUUUCUGUAUUCUUUUGAUUUUUGUCACUAUCUUUGGAAAUCUUCUUGUCAUCAUUUCUAUCUCUCAUUUUGUGCAGCUGCACACGCCGACAAAUUUUCUGCUCCUUUCACUUGCAGUGGCUGAUUUCUUGGUGGGUUUGUUUGUGUUGCCUUUUACUUUGACUCUUCAGAUUGAAACCUGCUGGUAUUUUGGAGUGAUCUACUGUUAUGUGUUUGUGGCACUUGGUAACUUGUUAAGUGUGGCCAUUAUUGCUCAUGUGGUUUUAAUAUCCAUUGAUCGCUACAUUGCUGUUUGUAAUCCAUUCUUUUACAGCUCAAAAAUAACUUUGAAUGUCACAAAGCUCAGCAUUGUAGUGAUGUGGUUGUAUUCACUUGUGUUUACCUUCUUGUUUUUAUAUUUUAGUUAUAUUGAAACAGGGGUGUGUGAACAAUCCUGUAUUCUGUAUGGAUACGAGUAUUCAGGUUUUGUUGUUUUAAUGUUUACUUUUAUUAUCCCAUAUUCACUAAUGAUAUGUUCUUAUGCAAGAAUAUUUAUAGUUGCCAAAAGACAUUCUAAAGCCAUUAAAUGUUUGAUUGAAAAGACGCAGUCGGUGGAGAGCAGCAAUUCAAAAACACCUAAAGCAUCUGAAACAAAAGCAGCAAAGACCCUCGGACUGGUGGUGGCCGCCUUUAUGGUCUGCUGGUUACCCGUCAUUUUGUUUGAUCUCUGUAGUGCUGUUACUUCAUUGAGUUUGCGUGAAACAAGGAAUGCGUUAAUAUUAGUAAGUGAGGUGAACUUUGGAGUUAAUCCAAUUAUUUAUGCUUUUUUUUAUCCCUGGUUCAGAAAAGCUCUUAAAAUAAUAUUAAGUUUUAAAAUAUUUAGCUCUGCGUCUUCAGUGAUUAAUUUAUUUUAAUUUUUAAAACUUGAUG